AUGGAGGUGGAGAAACCCCCGCUGGCACCUGAGCCACCGACUCUCCUGAAGACCUACAAAUGGCGAACGGCAGCACCCAUGGGUGACCGGGAACCCGAGCGUGGCAUGGGGUCUCCAGGCAGCCGGCGUUGGACCCGGUUGCAGGGGUGGAAACGUUCCUACAGCCAACCCGAGUCUGAUGGCCCCGAUGAUGGGGCUGGAAAGGGCAGCUUGGGGGCACCCAAGGCCAGCACCCGUCGGUCUCUCUUCCAACGGGCUUUUUCGGCCCCCUCCAAGGGGACCAAGGAGACACGGGCACCCGAAGGUGGCAAGGCCACCCUGCAGAAGUACCUGCGCUCCAUGUCCAAGAGGAAGGGUCAUGUGGAGAGCGGUUACAGGGCUGAGCACACCCAGUCUCCCCCGACACCCUGCUCUGCACCCCCAGUGAGCACCCACAGGACGUCAUCAAUCCCCCUGGCUCCAGCACCCGAUGUCCCGGUGUGGGAUGUCUCCAACUUCUCGCUGGUGGACGGACAUCUGGUCCUCGUGGGCAGGGACGAGGAGGCUUUGUGCAGGAGCAGGAACCGGACCGGGAGCUCCACCUCACACAGCACCAACCUGCACGCGGCGGGCGCCAGGAGGGAUCCAGACCCGGCUGCGGAUGAGAGGAACACCCGGGGUGCCGGGAAAAGCACCGAGAGCGAGAACUCCUCCACCUCCCAGUUCAGCAAUGUCAAGGACAACUGCGAGCGGCUGGAGCUGGCACUGAGCCUGUGGGUGUAUGAAGCACGGGACCUGCCACCUCGCCGGCGUCUCCGUUGUCACCUCCACCUGGAUGGCACCCUCUUUGCCCGUACCACCGCCAAGGUGGCCAGUCCCGAUGGCGAGCUCUUUUGGGGUGAACUCUUCCAGUUGGCUGCCCUACCACCUGCCCAUGCCCUCACCCUUGCCCUUUGCCGCGAUGACCAUCCCGGUCAACCGAUGGCCUCCAUCACCGUCCCCUUGGCCGAGCUGGCGGCUUCUCGGCAGCCCCUGGAGCGUUGGUACCCACUGAGCGGUCCCGGGGGAGGUGAACGGGUGCCAUCGGUGAGGGUGCGUGGGCGCUACCGGGAGGUGCGGGUGCUGCCCAUCGUACGCUACAAGGAGUUGGCUGAGUUCAUCACCUUCCAUUACCGGGAGUUGUGUGCCCAUCUGGAGCCCACCAUCGCCGUGCGGCACAAGGAGGAGCUGGCCGGUGCCCUGGUCCGCGUCUUGCAGAGCACUGGGAAAGCCAAGUCGUUCCUCAUCGACCUCGGCGUGGCCGAGCUGGACCGCUUCGACGACCGUGAGGCACUAAUCUUCCGUGAGAACCACUGGCCACCAAAGCCAUCGACGAGUACAUGAAAUUGGUGGGGGGCAAGUACCUCCAGGACACGUUGGGUGAGGCCGUGGCCCAGCUCUGCACCUCAGAUGACAGCUGCGAGGUCGAUCCCAGCAAAUGCGCUGGCCUUGACCUCUCCGACAACCAGAACAACCUGCGGCAGGUCUGCGAGGAGACCUUCCAGCGCAUCGCCACGUCCUGCGACGCCUUCCCAGCGGAGCUGGGCGAGAUCUUCGCGGCAUGGCAGGAGGAGUGCACGGCGCGGGGCAAGGCGCCCAUCGGGCAGCGCCUGGUCUCAGCCUCCCUCUUCCUGCGGUUCCUCUGCCCUGCCAUCAUGUCCCCCAGCCUCUUCGGCCUCGUCCAAGAGUACCCGAGUGAGGCCACCGCCCGUACCCUCA